AUGUUUUGGCCCGCUCGUCCAGGUGCCCAAGUCGUACCAAAGUGUUUAUCCAGUGCCGCUUUCCGACUCGGUGACCGAAGACGACGUGAUAGUAGUCCGUUCUAUGGAUCCAAGGGCUGCGUGGAAACACAAAAUAAAGGACUGGCGCAUCACGUCUGUAGACCCUACAGUUUGGAAGGGUGA